CGCCCUCUCGUGGCGCGGCCGGAGCCACCAGCCGCAAGGGUAAAGUUGCUGGGCCUACCGCGCCUUUGAAAAUCUCAAACCGAAGAUGGCGGAGUAGGAACGCGGUGCGGUAGGAAUUCAGGGUACCGGCUGACUUCGUAUCCCGUCUCCGCAGCGGCGGUAAGCACUGAGCGAACAGCGCGUUCGUGUAGUUGCCCAAAAUGCCGAAUAUCAAAAUCUUCAGCGGGAGCUCCCACCAGGACUUAUCCCAGAAAAUUGCUGACCGCCUAGGCCUGGAGCUAGGUAAGGUGGUGACUAAGAAAUUCAGCAACCAGGAGACCUGUGUGGAAAUUGGAGAAAGUGUACGUGGAGAGGAUGUCUACAUUGUUCAGAGUGGGUGUGGUGAGAUAAAUGACAAUCUAAUGGAACUUUUAAUCAUGAUUAAUGCUUGCAAGAUUGCUUCAGCCAGCCGGGUGACUGCAGUCAUCCCAUGUUUCCCGUACGCCCGCCAGGAUAAAAAGGAUAAGAGCCGGGCUCCCGUCUCAGCUAAGCUUGUUGCAAAUAUGCUAUCUGUCGCAGGAGCGGACCAUAUUAUCACCAUGGAUCUGCAUGCAUCUCAAAUCCAGGGCUUCUUUGAUAUCCCAGUGGACAAUUUAUAUGCAGAGCCAGCUGUCUUAAAGUGGAUAAAGGAGAAUAUAUCUGAGUGGAGAAACUGUACUAUUGUCUCACCUGAUGCUGGUGGAGCCAAGAGAGUGACCUCCAUUGCAGACCGAUUGAAUGUGGAUUUUGCCUUGAUUCACAAGGAGCGGAAGAAGGCCAAUGAGGUGGACCGCAUGGUGCUGGUAGGAGACGUGAAGGAUCGGGUGGCUAUUCUUGUGGACGACAUGGCUGACACGUGUGGUACAAUCUGCCAUGCCGCUGACAAACUUCUCUCAGCUGGAGCUACCAGAGUUUAUGCUAUCCUGACUCAUGGAAUCUUUUCUGGCCCAGCCAUUUCUCGCAUCAACAACGCAUGCUUUGAAGCAGUAGUAGUCACCAAUACCAUACCUCAGGAGGAGAAGAUGAAGCACUGCUCCAAAAUCCAGGUGAUUGACAUCUCCAUGAUCCUUGCAGAAGCCAUCAGAAGAACCCACAAUGGCGAGUCUGUCUCCUACCUGUUCAGCCAUGUUCCCUUAUAACAGGAUAACUUCUGAAGCUUUUUGAAAAUAAACCAAUCCUACCCCUCA